AUGAGGCCUGACGGUGCCACAGGGCUCCUGGUGGCCCAACAAAGGGUACCCAACUGCCCACCAGGUGGCCUUCCUGCCGUUUCUGCGCUGCGGGCGGCGUCCAUUUCGCUUGCAAGCUUCGUUGCGUUCGCACGCCUUUUUCUGGCUCCCGUUGUCUCGCGUUCCGUCGUUGCUCUGGUGCCCUGGACUGCUGUGAAUGUGUUUUUAUGCCCUACUAGUGUUGCCUGGGGGUGCUUUUAUGUGUGCACCCUGGAAGAUAGGUCCAGAAGCCUUGCGAUUUCUUCUAUUAAAGCUAAGUGUACUCGUGACCCUACCAGCACUUUUCAAGAUACUUUCGACGUAUUCAUUGCGGUGAACAACGCGGUUGGGACAGCACACUCACGACGUGGGAAGGUCACAGAAAUGUUGAAAGACAUCAGAUUGGGCAUACGCUUCACCCGUGCAACUUCGUCAUGUGCUCCACGGCUUUACGGCUGUGCCACUAUGUGUGGAAACGUCGUAGCGGAUGAAUGUGAAUUAUGGAUCUCCAAGUGGCGUCGCCCGCGUCAUUUUCAAGAUUGUACCCGUUUUGAAGGUACAUAGUGAAUGUGCGAGGCAUUCACGUUCCUACUACGUGGUUAUCCAUGCGUUUCCCGUCUUCGCAGGUAAUAGGGCUGUUGAUAGGGAGAAUGCUAGGCUACUGCAGACUGCAACCAUAGGCGCUGUGUCUAAAGGUUAAGCUCACAUGACGCGGCAGGGAAGGGAGUCCGUGGCGAAAAGUGAAUAUAGCCGAAGUUGGAUAGCGUUAAUUUUUGCGCACGAAAGGCAAGCUGGACACAUCGCAAAUCUCCCGUUGUACGAAACACAGUGCAGCAUGGUCGUCGGUUAUGCCAGUGCUUCAACAUAUGUUUCAGCGUCGCACUUCGGACAUUGCGGGCAUAUACCUUUAAGUUUUUCCCCUUGUGGACCGAUGCUGUGUGUGUUCAUGGACAUCAUGUUUUCAAAGACAUGUAAGUUCUCAAUAAUAAUGCGAAAAAAAUGCUGGUCAUGUUACGCUGUGAUAUAAUACCUGGUGAGGUAAUACGAUGCUAUGACGCUCAGUU